UAGUCCCGGCGGCGGAAGGAGGAGAGGAAGAAAGGGGCGAGACCCGGUGCCCGGCAGCGGCGCGAGGCUCUCGGUCGGCGCGCGGGCGUCUCCAGCCGGGCGCGCGGCGUUCGAGGGUCGGUGUCGGCGCCGAGCCCUCUCCCGGGCAGCCGCCGCUACUGCUGCAGCUGCUGCCGCCACUGCUGCCGUGUGGCUCGGGCGGCGACGGAGCGGGGCCGGCCGCGGGGCGGGCGGGGAGGGAGGAGGCGGUGAAGGCGGCGGGCCGGGGGGGAAGAUGCCGCUGGCGCAGCUGGCGGACCCGUGGCAGAAGAUGGCUGUGGAGAGCCCGUCCGACAGCGCUGAGAAUGGACAGCAAAUUAUGGAUGAACCUAUGGGAGAGGAGGAGAUUAAUCCACAAACUGAAGAAGGCAGUAUCAAAGAAAUUGCAAUCACACAUCAUGUAAAGGAAGGACAUGAAAAGGCAGAUCCUUCCCAAUUUGAACUUUUAAAAGUAUUAGGGCAGGGAUCAUUUGGAAAGGUUUUCUUAGUCAAAAAAAUCUCAGGCUCUGAUGCUAGACAGCUUUACGCCAUGAAAGUAUUGAAGAAGGCCACAUUGAAAGUUCGAGACCGUGUUCGGACGAAAAUGGAGCGUGAUAUCUUGGUAGAAGUUAACCAUCCUUUUAUUGUCAAGUUGCAUUAUGCUUUUCAAACUGAAGGGAAGUUGUAUCUUAUAUUGGACUUUCUCAGGGGAGGAGAUUUGUUUACACGCUUAUCCAAAGAGGUCAUGUUCACAGAAGAAGAUGUCAAAUUCUACUUGGCUGAACUUGCGCUUGCUUUAGACCAUCUACAUAGCCUGGGAAUAAUCUAUAGAGAUUUAAAACCAGAAAACAUACUUCUUGAUGAAGAAGGUCACAUCAAGUUAACAGAUUUUGGCCUAAGUAAAGAGUCUAUUGACCAUGAAAAGAAAGCGUAUUCUUUCUGUGGAACUGUGGAAUACAUGGCUCCAGAAGUAGUUAAUCGUCGAGGUCAUACUCAGAGUGCGGACUGGUGGUCUUUCGGUGUGUUAAUGUUUGAGAUGCUCACUGGUACACUACCUUUCCAGGGAAAAGAUCGAAAAGAAACAAUGACUAUGAUUCUUAAAGCCAAACUUGGGAUGCCACAGUUUUUGAGUCCUGAAGCCCAGAGUCUUUUACGAAUGCUUUUCAAACGAAAUCCUGCAAACAGAUUAGGCGCAGGACCAGAUGGAGUUGAAGAAAUUAAAAGACAUUCAUUUUUCUCAACAAUAGACUGGAAUAAACUGUAUAGAAGAGAAAUUCAUCCACCUUUUAAACCUGCAACUGGCAGGCCUGAAGAUACUUUCUAUUUUGAUCCUGAGUUUACUGCAAAAACUCCGAAAGAUUCACCUGGCAUUCCACCUAGUGCUAAUGCACAUCAGCUUUUUCGGGGGUUUAGUUUUGUUGCUAUUACCUCAGAUGAUGAAAGCCAAGCUAUGCAGACAGUUGGUGUGCAUUCAAUUGUUCAGCAGUUACACAGGAACAGUAUUCAAUUUACUGAUGGAUAUGAAGUAAAAGAAGAUAUUGGGGUUGGCUCCUACUCCGUUUGCAAGAGAUGUAUACAUAAAGCCACAAACAUGGAGUUUGCAGUGAAGAUUAUUGAUAAAAGCAAGAGAGACCCUACAGAAGAAAUUGAAAUUCUUCUUCGUUAUGGACAACAUCCAAACAUUAUUACUCUAAAGGAUGUAUAUGAUGAUGGAAAAUAUGUGUAUGUAGUGACAGAACUUAUGAAAGGGGGUGAAUUGCUGGAUAAAAUUCUUAGACAGAAAUUUUUCUCUGAACGAGAGGCCAGUGCUGUCCUGUUUACUAUAACCAAAACUGUUGAAUAUCUUCACGCACAAGGGGUGGUUCACAGAGACUUGAAACCUAGCAACAUUCUUUAUGUGGAUGAAUCUGGCAAUCCAGAAUCUAUUCGAAUUUGUGAUUUUGGCUUUGCCAAACAGCUAAGAGCAGAAAAUGGUCUUCUCAUGACUCCUUGUUAUACUGCAAAUUUUGUUGCACCAGAGGUUUUAAAACGACAAGGCUAUGAUGCUGCUUGUGAUAUAUGGAGUCUUGGUGUCCUCCUCUAUACAAUGCUCACUGGUUACACUCCAUUUGCAAAUGGCCCUGAUGAUACACCAGAGGAAAUACUGGCACGGAUAGGAAGUGGAAAAUUCUCACUCAGUGGUGGCUACUGGAAUUCUGUUUCAGACACAGCAAAGGACCUGGUGUCAAAGAUGCUUCAUGUGGACCCUCAUCAGAGACUGACUGCUGCCCUUGUGCUCAGACAUCCUUGGAUCGUCCACUGGGACCAACUGCCGCAAUACCAACUAAACAGACAGGACGCACCGCAUCUAGUCAAGGGUGCCAUGGCAGCUACAUACUCUGCUUUAAACCGUAAUCAGUCACCAGUUUUGGAACCAGUAGGCCGCUCUACUCUUGCUCAGCGGAGAGGUAUUAAAAAAAUCACCUCUACAGCCCUGUGAAGUGACCUCAGUGAGAUAUUUGGUACCAUGGUGUAAGCUGAUAGCACAAGUUCUGGCGACAGGUAGCACACACCUGAGAGACACCUGCAAGCACACACUGUCCCAGCUGGUACCCACAAUGCUGCUGCUCCUGCUGCUGCUCCCGCUUCCGUCUCUUCUCGCUUUAGAUGAUUGUUAGCAAGUUAGAUUUUCCUGGAGCUUCGGAUGAAUUGCAAAUGGAAACAUGAUGAGGAUAUAUUCACUGAAUCAACAAGAAGAAUAAUGAACAUAUGAAUACCACCUAAAAAUACACUGAAUAAAGUACUCUACACCACAUAGCAUUAUUUUUAUAGAAAAUAUUUCAUGUCCCUUAAAUAUUCUUUGUUAGUUAUAGGGAUGGACAGUUUAUGUUAAGCACUUAGCUUAAACAAUCCGUUUAUAUUAGCACUGUAUCCCUUGUGCCAUCCAACAUUUUGUAUGUUUUUGUAAACAGUUCAUAUACAGUACAUUUCUGUACUGCUUUCUUUAAUGUAUACAUGCCUUGUUUAACUUGGAAUCUAUUAUUAAUCAAUUGACUAUUAAAUCUGGUUAAAUAGUUCACCUGGAUUAACAGUAUUGUUGGACAGCCCUAAAAAUGGCCAGAUUGUAGAACAGCCGUUGAAUGUAAUACUUCCAAAAUGUACAUAUCUCUCCCCAUGUCUGUUUCACUGGUUCGUUCGUUUGUUUCUUAAAGUCAGGUGCUCUGUCAGGCUAACCUAGAGAGCUGUUAUGGUAAAGAAAGUUAUCAUAUGUGUGUGGUAUGACAUCAAGAGUACACCUGUGAAGUUAGUCCAUAUACUUUGCAACUCCUUAGGGUCUUUUUUCCUUAAUUAAGGAAGUAGUCCUUGCACUUUUAAUCUUAAAUAGUAUCCAUUCUUAGUAGUUGACAUAAAUUUGGGAUUUUUCCCAAUAUACAUCAAAGGCCUUUAAGAGGCAUGGUGAAGAGAUUGGCGAAGGAAAAUUUAGCAACAGGUCAUUGAAGUCCCAUUGAAUAUUUCAUGUUUAAAUAGAUCAAAUUGCAGAAUUUAGCAUAUGAAUAACAGGAUACCUGUUCUUGUAUACCUGCAGGAAAAGUAUGCUUUUUGGGGGAAAAUAAAUCAUAAUGAAUUCUAUCCCAUUAAGAUGCUCUAUAUUAAACACUAAUUUGAAUGUAAUAAAGGCCACAGGCCUCUCUAUGAAAUUGGAUUUAAACUUUCUUAUUCUAGGGAAUAAAACAUUCUUGAUCAAACAAUCAUAGCUGAGGUAGGCUAAGUGAAUGUUCGGCAUUGAGUGUUUUCUGAAUUCCUCCUGAUGAUUUAUAGCCAUAUAAUGCUUUCUUUUCUUUUUUUUUAAAUUUUUAUUGGAGUAUAGUUGAUUUACAGUGUUGUCUUAGUUUCAUAUAAUGCUUUCUUUAACUUCAGAAAUGAUCAGUUUUCAUAAUGGUCACUGGAUCUGCUUAGAUUAGAGUAUUCAUUAUCUACAUCUAAUUUGUUAGUUUCCACAAUAUCAUUAAAGAAACUUCUGUAUCCAUUACUACCUGUAUCUUUGCCAAGCUACCUAGCAUACAUCAGUAUGUAAUAUGAAAAACAUAUGAGCAAGGAAAAGGUGAUUUAACUUAUCUCAUCAAGAUUGUGCCUGAACAGAUCUUUCCUAGUCAUGUACUAAGCCAUUUACAUCAGAAAUCUUUUUUCCUGCCAGAAGCUUUAAAUCUUCCCCUGAGAGUACAAAGCCAAGAAAGCAUGGUUUAUCUAAAUAUCUUGGAAGCCACUUGUUAUUCCUUAAUUUCUCCUCUGUGCAAUUAAAGGAAAAGAGAAAAUCUAUCAUGCCUUUUGCCCAAGUGACACAAAAUGAUUAUUGCAUAGAAAGCAAAUAUAAGUUUAUCUUCUGAAUAAAAAAUGUAUAGGAGGAGGGAUUUCAGAAGAUCUAGAUGGAGAAAGUUUUUAAAUAUUCUUGAGUAUAUGGAUGCUAGUUAUUAACAGCUGCUUCCAGUGCCUGGAAAGAAAGCUUUGUUUUUCUUUCUCCUCUAUUAAGUGUUCCCAACCAUCCAUGGUCAUCCCAAAUUCUUGUCACUUUUAAAAUGUUAAUGUAACUCUAGGCAGAAAAAAGAUAACAUUUUUCAGAUUUUUGACACUAACACUAUUCCAUAAGUGCUUAGGUGUAUUGCCCAUCAUCGUCCUUUAGAACCAGAAGUAAAUGUGUAAAUGCUUUUAAAUUAUCUAGUCCAACUUUCUCAUAUUGCAGGUAAAGAACCUGAGACCCAAAGCAAAGACUAGAAUCCUUAACUUCCCUUUCAGUUUUUUUCCCUCAUAACACCGUGCUGCCUUCCCCUCGUAUUAUCACUCGGCCACAAACUGAGCUGUUCAAAAACUAUAUAUUUCUUGGGGCAGUCCUCUACUGGUAUAUGAAUGCCUUCUUUGCCUAGUACAGCUGCCAGUUUUAUUGGAGAAAAGCAAGUUAUAUGUUCACAAAACUGAAGGCUUUCUGCCUAAAAAGCAGUUCAUGAGUAUAAUUUAUUUCAUCUGUGAUUCUGGUGUUCCUAUUGCCUUUGACAGAGCAGACAAACUGGGCCAACAAUGUGCUCUAAAUGUAACGCUUGUGCUGGGAUAACCUUUUCAUUAAUUUCUCCAAGUCCAGUUCCUCCUGGCCCCUAUAGUUGUGGUAGUGAGGCGAUUUCCCAGUUAGUGCUGCUGGUUACCAGGGCUUCUCCCAGGAGGUUUUAUUUCAAUCUGAAAGAUAUUUCAAUAUGAAAGAAGGAACUAAACUAUCAGGCCACUUUUACAAACCUCCUCUUAGCUUAUAAUCCAAAAUAAUAUCCAGAAUGGUAGACUUAACAUUACCAAGCAUAUACUGGAAAAUAUGGAUUACACUACCAUGUGUUUUCUAUCUUCCCUUUCAAGUGAUGAUGCUAAAUUAAGGUAAGUUUUUUGUCCUUUUAACCUGUCGUAAUAAGUAAGUCAUUUCAGCUCCUAAUUUACAGAUAUGUCUUCUUUCUAAGUACAAUAGACCCUUCACUUUAACAGAUUUGAUAUGGAUUCAUUUAUUCACAAGCAACCCCAAAAGUCCAAAAAUAUAAUAAUUUUGACAGGGCACAGAAUCAAGAUGCUGUGAGGCUGGAGACUGACGUGUGGGAAAAGUCACUUAGUGAGUAUCUGGAGAGGGUGUGGUGUGUAUGCAGUAGAGAUUCUACAUUUCACACACACUGGGCUGCAAAGAGCAGGUUCAGGCCAACCAUUUCCCAUCUAUUUUUAAGAAGUGGUUGCUGUUGGGACCAGGGGACAUCAUGGGAGGUGGGGCUAGCCUGUUAGCUGUGCCCUGUACCCUCAGCCCAGGAAAGGUUUCAUGAAUGGGCAGCAUGGGUUGGGUAAGAAAGAGGCUGGGGUACGUCCAGCCUCAGGUGAGAGCAGAAAAGCGUUCAAGAUUUGGGGGCUUGGUAUAGAUGUGCAUCACCAUGAAAGUCAGCAAUACACAUUUCAACAUGGCUUUGAUUUUCUCUACUUCCUGGCCUUUACAAAUGAGCUAAAAUUUUUCAGGCUGCUUUACUAUUGAGAGAAUUCUCUCUUAUGGUGGUAUCCAGCAUUUGAGAUUUAUGAAGGCAUUAGGACAGAUAUCUCAGGAAUGUAAAUGGUCAGAAAAGGUCUGCUUUCUGUGACUAACAAAUAUGAUGGGUUCCAUGGCUGACCUUGGUGCUUAAACCAGGAGGUUUCAAUCCAGUCCUAGAGUUCUGUCCCUCCGAAAGAUCCAACUCCACAUGACUAACAAACUGGAUGUAUACUUUGAGCCUUAUUUAAUUCACAGAUAAGUUGACUUAACUCAGCAUUUUUAUUUCAAUUAAUGAAAACAGUCCUCUUUUCACCUCCAGAUUGCUUACAUUUUGCUGGUCUCCCCAAGUGACCAUUGGUGGAGACCAGUUAAUGAAGGAAUGAAACUCGCUUUCUUGGGAGUGUGGUAUUCUGCAGAGCCACGCUUAACCACUUUUUCUAGUGAAGAAUCUACAGAAUGAUAAUAACUAAAUAUGGAUGGCCAAGAAGAAUUUGUAUCUACAGUGCGCUUUAUGUAUUUUUGACACUGCUGUAUUCUGUGUGAUCGAGUGACUUGUAACUGGUUCCAAUGUGACUGAAUGUUUUCAAAGAAUUCUAGUAACUAAGUCGACUUAAUUUUCUUAAGCCUUGUAUUACUAUCAGUCUCACAUUUACCACUUUGAUUCCAGUCUUUUAACUGUUCAUACCAGGGCAUACCAAGGGUUGGGAUGAGAGCCUACUUCCUACCUCUUAAGGCACUUUCCUCAUUAUUUUGCCAUAUAACCUUGAAGUGCAUGAUAAGCUGUUUAAAUGUCCAUGACUUCUCCCAGAGCAACUAGCAAAGUAUAUGACAUUGAAUAGAGAUUAGUGGAAAGGAAAAUUUAGAGACUAAGUUCAGAGGUGCAAACCUCAAGAAAACCUCUUUAGAGCACAUACCAUUUGAGUACAAUGUAUGUAAACGUAUGUGAGAAGAGAGUCGCUAUAAUAGUCCUCUCUAAGUAGAUUAGUUCAAUAUCUAAUGGAAGUGAAAAUCUUUACUCCUAUUAUCACUAUAGUACUGAGUGAACUGUAUACUGAGUUUUUCAAACAAGUACUUAAAAUAGAACUUUUAAAUACAAAGCAAGGGCAUAAGGAUAAAGGUUUUGGUUUGCGUUUCUCUAAGUGUAGUUUACCAUCUAAGGCUUUGUUUUUUAAUUUUUAAAGAAAGCUUCAAGGUAUUGCCAUUCCUUAGCAUCCUUAAUGAUUAUGGGUGAUGAGUUUUUAACUCUUAAAAUUAUAUACCUGUAUUAUGUUUAUCUUAACUCUUACCCUAAGCAAAAGGGAAGGUAUACACCUAAGGGAUGUAAUUAUUUUGCAUUUUUGGCCAUGGGUGGGAAAGGGAUGGGUAUCUACUUAAACAGUUUUUAAAAAAGAAAAAAAUCACAAAUAUUUUUCUACUAUUAUAUAUGAUUUUACUUUAUACUAGUUUCUCUCUAGUAAGGCAUGCCAGAAGCCCAAGGCACCAUACCAUGAGUUCAUAUGUAUUGUACCUUUUAUUGGUGGUUAAAUCGCAUCAGAUGCUUGGCCCUGCUGCCAUAAUUAUGAAAUGCUUGUAAAGGAUUAAAUAUCACUGAAUACUUUAAAUUGUUUUACUUAAGAGUCUAAUCUGGGAAGUUUUCAAAUCAUACUAUUAAUGUAUAAUCAAAGCUCUUUCAGAUGUAUCCAUGAAUAAUCCUGGAACAAUAUUGCUUGUAUUCCUGUCACAGAACAGGUUUUGUAAUCUUUAAAAGAAAUGAAAAUUUAUAUAAUAAAGUUUCAAAUAAAUUCA